AUGUGGGAUGCCUGUGUACACUCUGAUCAAGGUGCUUCGUUCAAGGAAAAACAUCUCAAGGAUUCCCUUACACAGAAAGGAGUAGCGACCAGUAAAACUACUUUCCAUCCAAUUGACAGUGGACAGGCUGCAAGGCCCAAUGGGACAUUAUGGAAAGCAAUUCACUUACUCCUUGAGUCUCAUAAUCUGCCAGUUCAGCAUUGGGAAUCAGUCCUUGCUGAUGUACUACACUCAGUUAGAUCACUUCUGUCCACAUCUACAAUCUUUUUGAAGUUCUCUACCCUCAUGGCUUAUGUCUCCAGGAGAUUUGUUUGGGUCAAUAAGACUGAACCUUGGGUGGACGAAGUCGGACUCGUGUGGGUGCUAAUCCCACAUAUUCCUGAUAAAACUGCGGAAGUGACCAAAAAUCAAGUGGCAAAGCGUCAGGCUGAGGAGGAACUCGAACUAACCCUCUCACGUAUCACCACCCUUACGAUCAAGCCUUCGUCUCGAGUCAACACAGCUCAUAGGAGAGAAAAACAACGAUCAUUAAUAAGGCACUUCAGUAGUUCACUAUUACCAGCGGAGAAGGAUAGUUGGAGGACAGCCCACAACAUUGCACGAAUAUCCUUGGCAAGUUGCACUGACAUCACCUACGGAAACCAGGCCAUUCUGCGGUGGAUCUAUCAUCUCAGACCAGUGGAUCAUGACAGCAGCUCAUUGUGUCUUUGGAUUACAACCAUCAAGUGUCAUUGUCGUGAUUGGAGAGCACAACUGGGCACAACAACGGAAACAAGCGUAACACAGAACAGAUCAGUAUCACAAAUCAUCGUGUAUGAGUGUUACAACCGUACUAGUUAUCUUGACAGCGACAUUGCAUUGAUCAAGCUCACAAGUCCAAUUGCUUUCCCAGCUGACAACAAGAUCGCUCCUGUGUGUCUUCCAGAUGCUGGCAAUUUGUACGAGAAUGUAGCUGCUACUAUUACAGGCUGGGGACAAAUCUUUUUAGGUGGUCCCCAAAAUUUUAACCUGUAUGAGGUGGAUGUGGUAACAGUCAACAACGAGCAAUGUCAACUAGAUAAUCUACCCUAUCAAGUCACAACCAACAUGAUCUGUGCUGGGAAUGCUGCAGGAGGAAAUGGCACUUGUAAGGGCGACUCUGGAGGAGCACUAGUGACAUAUGGCAAUACGGCCCAGACGUACAUGUUCCAGAUAGGAAUCGAUUCCUGGGCCAUCGGGUGUUCACUUCCAAAUAAACCCACGGUGUACACCCGAGUUAGCAUAUUUCUACCCUGGAUUGCCACGAACACAGCAGGUUCUACAUACCUCCCCAGGCCAUGAAAAGUAUCUAGGCUACUCGCAAAGUGGAACAAUGAAAGCCGACGUCAUUGGAAUUUCUCUUCAUGAUUGGAUUUAUCAUUUAUUUGCAUUUGGAAUUUGCUAUGGCAUAAAAUAAAUCUUUUAGAUUAUUGAAGCAUAAUAAAAAAUUGGUCUUCCAAACACAUUGGUCAUUUAUUUUCCC